ACCAUUGUAAAAUCGUAUCGAAGGUUGGACCAGAAAAUUCAGUGGUUUCAUAAAGUUAAAACCAACCAUCUAUUGGUGUGGACUCUAUCAACAUAUUUUUCUCAUUGCACCGUCGAUACGAUGCAGUUUUACUAAAUUUUGAGGUCAUUAACCCUAAACUAAUAUAAGUAUUAAGCCUCCCCGGCCGUCUAGAUCUAUAGCAGAGGAGCAGACUACUACGAAACUUCUUCCAUUUUAUGGUCCAACCCAACGACUGGAAAAGCUUUUUCUGGUUCUGGCCUUUUUUUACUUCUGGGCGCGCGCGAGAGGGGAAUGAAAGGAAAAUUGAAAUGUGAAAAUGAAGUGAGACUGCUACGAACAAUUUCUCCCCUGCCCUGCUCUGCCCUGUACUCUCUCUGCAGUGCUCAGACGCGACCUGGGAAAUUUAUAUGUUGUUUAUUUUAAAGAAUAGGGUUAUGGCACAGUCUACGCUACAGCAACAGCACCCUGUCUCUGCAAGGAAUCAACAAUUGAUAAAUAUUAAAUAGUCUAUGACGCCAGAAAAUUUGAAUCUUGCUCUUUUGCUAAUAAGUUGUGUGGAAGCUGUUAUUUGUUUUGAUAAGAAGAUUACUCUCAUUCUCACGUUGACAUCGAGUAACAUGUUGCUUUUUUGAUGAGGACUAUUGAGCUGAAGAUUUCACAAUAGAAGCAAAGUCUCAUGGAGAGAGUUUAACAAGCACCUAGUGAUUGAAUAACGUACCACGCAUUAUACCGUGCACUUGUAUUCCCGCUUCAAUCAAUGAAGUACAAGAGUAUUCACGUAUCUCUAUGUGAAUAUCGAAUACAUUAUCAUAAGCUAGUUGAUAGUGAUGAUAUUUGUUUUUAUUAAUAUGUCAUCUUGCCAAUUUGAUAACCAAGAACACACAUGAAAAUUACGACGGAUACAUGCACGAACGAUCCAACAACAUCGACAUGAAUAGUCGGAUGGUAAUUGUGAGUGAAAAGUAGAUUAUUAAUCAAGUUAAUGCAGAAAUUGGUGCCAACUUGUAGAAAUUAACCAAGGUAGUAAAAUCAGCCAAAGUACAAUUCAUAAGCAUACAGAAAGCUCCAAAGCCCCAAACUAAAAACCACCAUUGAUGAUCAUUCACCCCAUCUCACACUCUCUCUGUACACAGUAUAGCUUUGCAGAAAAAGCAGAGAGAAAAAGCUUGCAUCACUAGUCCUCUGGUUUUUCCCCUCUUUCUUUCUCUGCCAUCGAAACACCAUUUUCAAUACACAGUUCCAGGAGACCCCGGUGGAAAAACAAAAAGUAAAAAUAAAAGCGAGGGGAAGGGAAGACCCUCAAACGAAGUGCAAAAGCUUUCUUUCUCUUCUCCCCCUCUCCACGUUCGUUCCCUUUCUUUCUUCCCUCUUGCGGCCUCCAUUUCCCUCCCUAUAUAAAAACCCCUUUCCCCCGCUGAAAAAAAACCCUACUAUCAGAAACCAAACCAAACCCAAUCUCCAUUUCCCUCUCUCUCUCUCUUUUGCUCCGCCCUCCUUUCCCAUACGUUGAAAAUGGAUGUUCUCUACUUUCUCAGGCUCCUGAGACCCACCACUACCCACCUGAAAUCGCAAAACAAAGUCGAGUGUGUGAAUGCGAGGUUGAACAAUGGUGAAGCUUAUGAUGAUUCCGAAGAAGAAGAGGAGGAAGACUCUUUCUUUGAAUUGGAGCUCACUGUUCCUCCUGAUUUUGACUACCCAAGGAGCAUUAAUGGCGACAGAUGUAAAAGCCCCAAUAAAUUGGCCGACAGAGCCGAGCCCAAGGUUCAGCAGCAUCAGUCCCCUCCUGCAACCGAGCCUCUGUUUUCAAAGCGGAAGAUACUCCCAAUCGAACCCGUCUCCUCUCCCAAGCCUCACCAGUCUCCGAUUUCUAAACUCAAACAGGGUCCCAAAUUUCGGGUCCUCGCGUUCAGGAAGUCCAAGUCGAUGCCGGUUCAGAAAACAGGGGAGAAACAUGAAAAGGGGUUGAAUCAGGAAGAGAAGCAGCGGUUCGUCACUGUGAAAGUGAAGCUCGACGAGAUGGGUGGAGGUUCCUACAACAAUGGCCGUUCGAAAUUGGCGAGGAACAACAGCUUGAGGAAGCAGAUCUUGGACGACACGUCGUCGGAGAAUUCCUCGAGGAGAUUCCCCAAGGAGAUCGUGCAGAAGUACUUGAAGCUCAUCAAUCCGCUCUACAUCAAGGUCGCUAAGAAGGAAUGCGACAGGAUGAAGUUUUCAGGAGAGCUCUCGUCGCCGUUUACGACUCCGUCAGCGUCGCCGGCGGUGACGGCUCCGGUAAGCUCCCCUAAAAAGGAGAAACAGGGAAGUUUCCCGGCGGGAAUUCGGGAGGUCUGCAAGCAUCUAAGGAAGAGCAAGUCAGCAUCUUCCGGCACCGGAGUAUCGCCGCCGGCCACCUUGCAGCGGAGGGAUGACUCCCUUCUACUGCAGAAUGACGGGAUCCAGAGCGCCAUUCUUCACUGCAAGAGAUCUUUCAACUCUUCCAGAGAUUCGUCUUUGCUAUCACGAUUCUCAAGUGACCGCUCGAUGGACUCGCCUAGGGUUUCCAGCGACGAGUUCUGAUUGGAAAAUAUUGAAGCCAGUAGGAGGAAAGCGGGAGAGUUUGAACCUCCCCUGAAAUUGAAAACUUGAAAAGACAAUACAAAACAGGACAAGAGAAAAACAGGGGACUCUGUUUUUUCCUUGUUUGUUUUCUUUUUUUGGGUUCUUGCUGUAAAGUUAAGCAAAGGAGAGAUAGGGAGAUGAAACAAGUAGGGUAGUUUCGUGGUUUCGAUGGUUUUCUUUUUGGAUGCAUUGUAGUAGGACGAAUCCAUCAUCCAUCCAUGGAGGGAGGGGAUGAUGACGAUGAUUGCAGACUGUAGGGAAAAUGUAAUCAAUCCAAAAGCAGUAGUAGCAGUUGUUUAUCUGUCUAUAAAGUAAAAAUGUUGGUUACUACUACUCAUCAUUAGUCAUUAGCCUGUAUGCUGUUGGGUAAAUUAUUAUUACCAGUGACCAUAGAACAGGGUUCUGAGUUCGGUUAAGCAGAGAUGAAUUAUGUGUUGCAUACACGAUACUGACAUCAUGAGAUUAUGCGGGGUUUUGAAUUGUAACAACUCGAUACAAUCCAACGGUGUUAGCAUGUGCUUAACGAAGGCAACUCCGUUUAGUUAGCACCGUAAUAAAACUCUGUAGAAGGAGCAGUGGAGCUACAGGACAGAGCCUGGUGGGUUCUUUUCUUUUCGUCAAAGCUUGGGAUGAUGAGGAUAUGAAGGAAUUUCUUGCUGGAAUGGGCAGUUUCUGUUUCUGCAAUAUGUUCAAAUUAUAUGAUUCCCCUCCACCAAUGGCUUUUGCUAACGUAAAUCAGAAUUCGAAGUUUGUGUGUGGUACUUUUUGUUCGUUUCUUCCACGACCUAAUGGAGUAGAGUAGCAGUUUUACCCACCUACCCUAAGUAACUUUUUCUUGGACAGUGAUUUUGUUUUCCUAUUCGCAUUAGCUUUUUAAUUCAGAACUCAUAUGAAGUAAGCUUUGUCGAUAUCAAAAUUGUAGGGUGAUAAUGAAUUUCACCAACUUAGACUACAGCGGUAGGCCGAAUUCGUGAGAUCCAAAUCAAAGCUUUUUUUAUUGUUGUUCGUGAACAGACGAAACCAAAACCCUAAUCUCGUGUCCGAAAAACGAAUUUUCACCCACUUCAAACAAAUGACAUUACAAUGAGUGAUGACAUGUUUAUACUCUCGCUCUCAGGUCAUCCAAUUUUUAAAGCAAAUCAUCAUCAUUGGACAGAAUCCAGCAAAUGAAUACAAAACUUUACCAUUUUUUACUGUUCUAUCCUAAACGUCCUACUGUCGUGAACGGUGAACAUGAUCCUCGCAAUUAAUCAUCUCCUCUUGUUGAUUCUUCCUUAUCUACUUACGCCGACUAGAAUGAGACUAAGAAACUUCAAUGACAACUAAGUCAACCAUCGACGUGGCUUUCCACAACCAAUGUACAUUUCACGUUUGCUACAACAACUGACCUUAAAUCGAAAAUGGCUCAUCUGCUUUUUUAGGAAGCUUCAGAGCCAGCCAGCCAGCCAGCCAGUCACCUCAAAUCCCAGCUUAGUUAGGCAGCCUAACAGCAGUCUCGAGUUGAUUCAAGAGGAAGCAUCCUUUCCUUUCCCAAAAGCACAUAUAUCAUAUUAACCGUGGUGCUAUGCUACCCAUGGGAACUACCUUUGGCUUCUUUCGUUCCUUUUUCCCUCUCCAAAAGACAACAAAAGCAGUAUAAAAGUAAAGCUACCAUUGAUGAUGGAAGGCAGACUGGAAAAACCAUCAAGUCGGUGAAGUAAAGAUAUCAAUACCCAUCAAAUCUAUCUAUCUUUCUCUCUCUCUCUCUCUCUAUCCGCUGGUUAAUGGAGUCGAGAGUUGAGAGGCUCUGUUUCGAAUUGCUCUGUUUUCUCUGCAGCUGGCUCUGUUACUUCCACUGAAUAUCCGUGGUUUCUAAAGAAAGGCCCUGGUCUUUA